CGUCAAAAUUGACACAAUUCAGCUCUAUUUGAAAACAUUCUUUAAUAAGCAAAAUUUUGACUAUAAUUUAAAACUGUUCUGUUCACAAUAAAAAAUGAAUGCAAUAGGAAUCUUUUUUAUUUUGGUUUCGCUGGAUUUCAAGGUUGUUUGCAACGAAAAUGAGGAACCUACAUGCCAGAAUUUGAAAGAAAGUGUUCGUGAGUUACAAAACGAACUUGAAUCUCUUAAGAAGGAAUUUCGUGUAAUGCAGACAGACGGAGCUACCAGAAGUGUAGAGAAAAGAUUUGUUGCAGAUGGAGAAAGAGAUAUUGAUGCAACUGUAACAAAGCUUGAAAAAGAUGUCAAGAGUCUGGUUGAAGGCAUAGGGAGUACUUACGUCAGAUGGGGUAGAACAACAUGCCCUGGUAAUACAACGGUAGUUUACAAAGGAUAUAUGGGAGGUAAUGUCUACUCAAAUACCGGAGGUCCCGCAAAUUUUCUUUGCUUACCUGAAGAUCCUACCUGGGGAAAAUAUCAAGAUGGAAUUCAAGGCGAAGGAAACAAAAUAUUUGGAUCAGAGUACCAAAUCAUCAAGACAAACUUUAAUCCCUUUUCUCAGAAUAUGAAUGAUCAAGAUAUUCCAUGUGUUGUUUGUAGUACAAAAAGACCACUGAAUAUUAUGGUUCCUGCAAGGACUAGCUGUUACACUGGAUGGCAUUUAGAAUAUACAGGAUACCUCAUGACAACCAUGUCAAUUCACAAUGAUGCAUCAGAGUACGUUUGUAUUGACGGAAAUCCUGAAGCAAUGAUACACGGAAGUGCAAACACAGACGGAAACACUUUGCAUCUGGUUGAGGCAGUCUGUGGAACUCUACCUUGUCUACCUUAUGUUGAUGGUCGUGAACUUGCUUGUUCUGUUUGUAGCAAAUAAAAUUAUUAAAUUAA